AUGCGAGGCGACCCGAUUUGCAGGAGGGAGGACUGUUCUCCUUUCGACAUUGGCUUGUACUUUAAAGAAAUUGGCUCUUCAUCACCACAAGAUAAGCUGGGGUUCAUUGAGAAUGUGUGGAAACCAGGUGCGAUUUUUGAUUUCACACUGUCAAUAGAAAAUAGAAAGCCUCGUAAGUUUGUCUUUGAAUGGCUUAGAAGAUAUCCCUUGCUUGCAUACUAUAAAUAUCUCGAUGGAGCAUUUUGUUUUCCCUGUGUUUUGUUUGGAGUUGAAUCUGGUAGAAAUGCUCAUAAAUUAGACAAGUUGCUGAAGUCCCCACUCACAUGUUGGACUUCAGCGGCUUCCAGACUUACAAAACACGCCAGCGGUAAAUGUGAGAUGCACAAUUUUGCUGUAUUUGCCUUGGAUAACUUUUUGAAAACAAUGAGGCAGCAAGGGGCCCCAGUAGAUCAGCAGUUGAAUAAUAUUAUUCAACAGCAAAUCGAUAGAAAUAGGACGGUSCUUAAGUCUUUGUUUGAAACGAUAAUUUUCUGUGGGCGAAACAACAUAGCUCUCCGGGGUCAACGCGAUGAUGACCCAACAAAUGCUAGUCUAUCAGGAAACUUUCAGGCUCUGCUAGAAUUUCGAGUGCAGAGUGGUGACCAAAUACUGCAGAAUCACCUGGAAACUGCACCCAGAAAUGCAACUUACAUUUUUAAAACCAUCAAGAAUCAGAUGAUAGAAACAGUAGGUUCUUACAUUUUAACUAGUUUGUCAAAGGAAAUCAGAGACAUUAAGUUUUUCUCUGUUAUGACAGAUGAAGCCGCAGACAUUUCUAACAAAGAAAAUCUUUCUUUAGUGAUAAGAUUUCUUGAUUCAAGAAAUAUAAUUAGAGAAGAAUUUAUUGGRCAGCAGUGCAGCAGUAGCAGAAUUACUACUAAAACCAGACGUCCUUUGAACUGUGAAUAA